GUCGGGGCCAAACAGCAGAAAACAGAAUUCACCAGCAGUGGAAGAGUCUCUGUGUGUGAGACUGCUAUAGAAAUGACCCAUGCUAUUAAAGAGGACUCCUCGAGCAGAGCCGCAGAGGAGUCGAGGGAACAGGAUGUUGUCGUUCUGAUAAAGGAGGAAACCACGAAAGAGGAAGUGAGCGACGAUGCAGGCGAUCUGCUUCUCAACGAGGAAGGAUCGGCGGUGCAGCUGUUGGAUACAGACGACAGUGAAGCUGGACCCUCGGGGGAAACGAGGCUCUGGGACCAGAACAGUGAGGUGGCAUCGGAGCGUCAAAACUCCCAGAGUGCACCUGGGUCUCCAGGCCGAGGAGGCGACUCUUCAGACGUUGUUUUUGACGUGGAGUCGGAUUGUGAGUCUCCGGAUAAACAGUUCCUCGUCGUUGGGGCGUCGGGAGGAAAGAACUCGCUGCUUCCCGGGACUUCUGAGCUGAAAAUAGGCGGGUCUUUAAUCUCCUACGACUCAGAUAUCUGCUGUUCCUCGUGGACCAAUCAGACUCUGCCGUCUCACCGACUUCUCGACAACAACAGAUCCGAUAUAAACGUCCCAGCUUUCCCGUUAGCGCUCCAGCUCGCAGGAUCCCAACUGGACCCAUUGGAGAUGAGUCGGUUCUGCAGGGAUCGUCGUUUCGUCUGCAGUUACUGUGGGAAAUGGUUUACAUCCGGGCGAAGUUUGGAGACGCACCUUCGCGUUCACACGGGCGAGAGACCGUACAGCUGCGCUCAGUGCGGGAAGCGCUUCACGCAGUCCGGACACCUGAAGACGCACCAGAGCGUCCACACCGGGGAGCGGCCGUUCGGAUGUACGCACUGCGGGAAGAGGUUCGCCGGGAAGCAGAACCUGAGGAUCCACCUGCAGAAACACCAUCCGGAUCAACAGCAGCUUUAACCAGAAGAAGAAGAACAACUUGAUUUAUCCCAUGAGGGGAUAUUCAGUUUUCUGUGAAGGGGCCUGUCAACCUGCCACUACAUGAUAUGCGUAAAAACAUUCAGCGCUGAGGUUGCCGUUUUGUUUCUAGGGAAAAGCUUAAAAUGGUAGAUUAUUUCAACGUUACAGCAGACCGUUUGAUGGACAACCAAUCAGGUAACAGCUUAACUGGAUUUUCACAGCAAGGCUCUGCAGGAUGAGC